AUGGACGGCGCGCCGGGGGCGAUUGUUGCUGUCGAUUUUGGGAGCACCCACGCUGCUCCCUCCGUGUUCGGUGCUGAUGGACCUGAGGAAGUAGAAGUGGGCAAGUCCCAAAAUGCAUACGGGGACGAAGGCCCAAUGUUUCUGUAUCCCACGGCUUUCAUAUUUCCCGCAGAGCCACCCGGGCAGAUCCCAAAGGAAAUUCCCAACAAAGGCACGAGCAUCGACCUUGCCGGGUUUCAUCCUCCCCCUGACAAAGAAGAGGUAUAUGGGAUCAAGCAAGCACUGGACGUGAGCUUAUGCGAGCCUGGCUCGCAAGGAGCACAGAUGCGAGCCCUCUGUGCGAAUCAUGGCCCAGUGGAGGACGUCCUUGACGAUAAUCUCACCAAGAUUUUCGCGUUUCUUUGGAAACGGAUCGAGGAGCAUAGGCAGAAGAAGGGCUACGGGCCCCCAGAACAAGCGUGGAUUACGGUGCCCGCAGCAUACACCAGAGGCCGGAAGGGAAAUCUCAUGCAAGAGCGACUUGCGCGAUGCGCGAUAUCCGGCGGUUUCCCAUCCGCGAUUGGUUGUAAAUCUGAGAUGGAGGCAGUCUUCCAUUAUCUGAACCAUUUGAGGCGGAAAGCGGAGAAGGACAAAGAGCCCGAGGACUCCAACAUCGAGAAAGAAGUUCUUGUCAACUGUGGGGGAGGAAUCGUGGAUGUAUCCGCCGUUGAACGGUUGGGUCGGGCCACGCAGCUGCUCUGCAACUCUGACAGUCGUCCUGGCGGUAUAUCCGACGUAUUCGCCCAAUUGCAAGCAAAAUGCAAAGAGUUGCGUUUACCGCCGGGCUCCUUCCGACUCCUAGAGCGACAUAUCCAUCGUAUGACAGAAGAAUGUCAGGACAUCGAGAUAGGGGGGCAUCUGUUCGCGGGUAAGAGCUUGAGAGAGAUGAUCAUCGACGCAUAUACGGAAGGGUUUGCACUGGCGGAAAGCGUUAUUCGGAAAAUUCCCCAUGUCACCAAGGUUUACAUUUUCGGGAGACCCCCGGCCUCAAACGAACUCAUCCGAGAUGUGUGCAUAAAGCGCUUUUGUGGUCUGCGAGACAAGAUGAGGGACGAGGGCCGCCAGGCCAACUUUGAGGUUGAAAUUCUGUCAUCCAACAUUGCUCGGUAUGCUGCUCUGCGUCGCCAGGGAAAGGAAAGGACACUGUGCGCUAAUCUGAGCUACAGCAAAGCCGUGCACCUUGGCGCGUGUAUACCAUUCUUAGACGACGCCGUCGCAAGGUUUCGCGAAGUGUGCUUCGGGUACAUAAUAUCCGCAAAAGAGCGCCGAAGACGAAAAUGGGUUGAGACAAGGCGAUUCCAGCAGGUCAAGGCACCCGAUUCUGACGAGCUGGAAACAUAUUGGGAAGCCUUGCAGGCCGACGAUGAAAACCCAGGCGCGCUCACGAUUAAGCCGCACACGAUACGCACCGAGCACUGGAAACCGCUGGCCAACACGAGGUCUGGAGAAACGCACCGUCCCGUUGCUCCAACGACCUAUGCCAUAUCUAUGGAAACUAUAAAAGUUGAUUUGAAGGGACAAGCGGAACCUAAUCAAUGGGUUUGGGUGAGAUUCAAACGCACGCACCCGGACUUGCAUCCGACAUUGUACACGCUGCAAGUGGACUGCCGUAAGAGGUCCUGGGACACUGCGGAUCCUGGCGAAGGGGAAUGUUUAGAGGAAGAGUACGAGCUUCGCUGUGACUCUGAGAGAUGUUACUUCGUCCCUGUUAAAGAUCGCGAGGAAGAAGACGGCAGAGAAGACGAGGAAGCGGUCGGUUCGUGGAUGCCCGAGCGAAGAAGGCGACCUGCGGGCCGGAAGCGCCGUGCUGGUCCUGUACCACAGCGGCCUCACAAAGUGCGAAAGAUCGGGCCUCAGAAGUCUGUCGCCCGGCGAAGCACUCACCAACGGAAACAGGAUCCAUACGACGGGCCCUCAUCAGACGAGGAGAGGGAAAUGCAAGCGGGAAGACAAAAAUCUAACGCACAUGCGCCGGACGAGAACAACGGCUUGCUUGCCGUAGGUGGAAACACGCUUCUGGGGGAAGAUCAGAUGGUGAGCAUGCGGCAGAGCUCAAGGCAAUCAAUAUCUGGCUCACCGAACCGUCGCAAACCAUCUCAAAACGGCUCUGAAGGUGAUGGGAAUUCCAGCCAACAGAACACAGGUCGAAGUGGGAUGGCUGCAUCCCCAUCGGACAAACAGCAGCAAGCUGGCAACUAUACGAGCACUCCCAAUUCUGUAACCUCGACGUCUGCCGGGCCUCCUGGAUUGCGUUCACAGCCCGGGGCUUCGCCAGCCCCGAUUCCAAAAACCAGUCUCCUACGAGUCGGUCAAACGUCACCGGAACUGCGGUCUACGGAUGCUGGAACAAACUCUCCAACUCGCCAGCCUCCACCGCGGGUUAACAGGCAUGAACUUGAUAUUGGGCUACUCCAAAGCGUUUCAAGACCGGUCAGACGGAGCCGCCAAGAUACUCAAGGCGAUCAAAAUGCAAUUCGCACCGCCGAUGACGCCGCGGCCGAGCAGCAACUGAUCGAAGAAGAUAACCAACUUAGUCCGACCAUAGGAGUGGUUCGGCACCAGACAGGGACAGCACCACUGGUACGUGCGCGUCAGCGUUUGCCUGAUGCACCCAGAAAAGGGCUUGCCUCGCAUGCUGAGGUAGCUACCGAAGGUAACAAAGGUGGGCCUAGCCAACAGAGGAUGGUCAUGCCUAGUCCAGGGGCCCAAGAUCGGUUCUCUUGGGCAUAUCGGAGCAGGCCGAGGGCCGGAUCAGUUCCGCUUACUAUGUCCAAUACAUCAUAUACUGCUAUGAGCAUUCAGAGUUUACUGGAAGCUCCGCAAAAAGAUUCAUCAGCGUAA